UAGGUCUGCGCCUGGGAUCUGAACCGGCAAGCCCAGGGCCUCGAAAGCGGAGCGCGUGAACUUAACUGCUCUGCCACCAGGCUCCUGAGCCACUUUGUACCCUCACCUAGACAGAUCUCUGGAAGCCCUCCCCUCCACACCCCACCUAUGAGGGCCCAUGCUGGUGGCUCGUACCAUCCCCAGCGGACACGCCCCGCUGAAGGAAGCAGCUGGCACCCUUGGGUGGGCCACCGGGGCAUUUUCUCUCUGGGAAGCAGAAUGGCCUGCGUUCAGAUCCAUGAAAAGCGCCUGGAAACCUGGAAAGCGCCGUGCAGCGUGAGCUGGUGGUUCAGCUUAAUUUCUUAUCAGCACGUUCCGAGGCCUAGCCCCAAAGCAUUGCUGCGGUGGCCACAUCCUAUCGGAGAGCGGGCGUCUUGGCCGCCGUCUCAGCUCUGUGUUGAGUUGUGCUCUCAGGAGUCGCCCUGGCUGUGCUCCCUUCUCUUCUGCACUAGUUUCCACAGGCCUCCAGCAGCUCCCUUGUUUAUCUGGACGUGUCCAUCUCUGUGUGCGUUUCUCUUCUCGUCCAUAGGAAGACUGCUUACAUCCUCUGCUGUGCCCUCGGAGCAUGGUCAUCUGUUCAAGAGAACUGUGUCUUGUGUACUAAUAAUUAGUAUUUACUCAGUUUCCACCAUGUGAACAGGCAGUGUGCCUGACACCGGUCGGUCUCAACUGGCCUCUUCUCUGGCCUAAGCGUAAACGCACUCCCCUUUUUACACAAAACGGUUGGGGGGCAUUUAUCUUCCUAUAGAACAGUGAUUCUCAAGGCCGGUUCCACCUCUCCAGGGGACGUUGGCAAUAUCUGGAGACAUUUCUGCUUGUCACAGCUUGGUGGAUUGCGACUAGGAUGUUGCCGGUGGAGGCCAGGGGCAGCUCAGCAUCCUGGAGCAUGCCAGGCAGCCCCCCACAACCGCAAAUUACCUGGCCCCGAAGGCCGGUAGCGCCGAGGUUGGGAAACGCUGCUUUAAGGUUUGAGGAAAGUGAAGACAAUUAUACCGAAACAAAACAGAACAAAAAUCCCUCCUGGGCCAUUCUUGUGGUAGCUGCCUGCUUCUGCUAGUUUUCAAAACACACAUAACCAGAGAUACACAGAGGGCCACAUACGUGAAACUCAGCAUCCACACCCCAAGACCCCUCCCAGGCCUUUGGGAGAUCCCCAGAGUGUCUUGUAGCAUCUGGUAUUUUUAAGAAGGUGUAAUCUUUUACCAGGGCUUCUCAGUCAGGGGUUACUAACCCUUCCCUCUCCUCUCUCCACCGCACCCCCGCGCCCCGCCCCGCCCCAGGACAUUUGGCAAUGUCUGAGACGGUUUUGGGUUGUCAUAACUUGGGGAGAGGAUGCUACUGGCUUCAGGUGGUUAGAGGCCAGGGGCGGUUGCUAAACAUCCCACAGCACACAGAGCAGCUUCCCCACAACGAACAAUUACCCGGUCCCAAAUAGCAGGAGCACCCAGGCCGAGACACCCGGCUUUGAAUCAGUUUCUUGAUUUCAAAGACUUCUAUCAGUGUCGUUUCUAAAUUGAGAAAUCGAGGCCAGGUGGAGGGGCGAGAGCGAACCGGGAAUAGAGAUGCCUGGUUUCUAGCAGCUGGUCAGUGAGAAGGUCGGAGGGGCUGAAGGGACCAAGCUUGACGAUGACUUCAAAGAGAUGGAGAAGAAAGUGGAUGUCACCAGCAAAGCUGUGGUGGAAGUGCUGGCCAGAACCAUCGAGUACCUGCAGCCCAACCCAGCCUCGCGGGCCAAGCUGACAAUGCUCAACACAGUGUCCAAGAUCCGCGGGCAGGUCAAGAACCCCGGCUACCCACAGUCAGAGGGGCUGCUGGGCGAGUGCAUGAUCCGCCACGGGAAGGAGCUGGGCGGCGAGUCCAACUUCGGCGACGCCCUGCUGGACGCGGGCGAGUCCAUGAAGCGCCUGGCGGAGGUGAAGGACUCCCUGGACAUAGAGGUCAAGCAGAACUUCAUUGACCCCCUGCAGAACCUGUGCGACAAGGACCUGAAGGAGAUCCAGCACCAUCUGAAGAAGCUGGAGGGCCGCCGCCUGGACUUCGACUACAAGAAGAAGCGGCAGGGCAGGAUCCCCGACGAGGAGCUGCGCCAGGCCAUGGAGAAGUUCGAGGAGUCCAAGGAGGUGGCCGAGACCAGCAUGCACAACCUCCUGGAGACCGACAUCGAGCAGGUGAGCCAGCUCUCUGCGCUGGUGGACGCCCAGCUGGACUACCACCGGCAGGCCGUGCAGAUCCUGGACGAGCUGGCCGACAAGCUCAAGCGAAGGAUGCGAGAAGGCUCCUCGCGCCCCAGGCGGGAGUACAAGCCCAAGCCGCGGGAGGCCUUCGAGCUCGGGGAGCCGGAGCAGCCCAACGGCGGCUUCCCCUGCGCCACGGCCCCCAAGGUCACAGGCUCAUCGUCGUUCCGAUCUUCCGACAAGCCCAUCCGGACCCCCAGCAGGAGCAUGCGGAGCAUGGCGGAAGGAGCAGCUCUCCUUGGAGGGAGCGGGGAGCAGGGUUGGGGGGCGGCCAGCGCCCCGCCAGCCGCAGGGCAGGUGGAAGCCCGGACCCUCCGCCCGCCCCCAGCGCCCCUGGACCAGCCGAGCUGUAAGGCCCUGUACGACUUCGAGCCCGAGAACGACGGGGAGCUGGGCUUCCGCGAGGGCGACAUCAUCACGCUGACCAACCAGAUCGACGAGAACUGGGCCCCCUCAUGGCUAUUACGUGGGGAAGCAUGGAUGUCCUGGCUGAGACGAGCAACGUGGCCUCCGUCACAGUCUAGGGCGGAUUGAAAUGUAAUCCCGAUUUUUUUAAAAAAGUAUUAAAUGUCUCUUUCUACA